AUGAAUUGCCCGUCUCGCACCGACGACACCCUGUGGCACUGCGAGUGGAACCAGAAUCCACCCUCGCUGGCCCCGGAUCUCACCACUCGCCAAGACCUGAAUGGCAUCUCUAAUGUCCGCCAGCGUGAGGACCGCGGAGGCUUGACCGGUGUAUCAUUUACCUGCUUCGACGAGGCAGGGGGCACGCCGAUACACCCUAUCGACCCCGAGAAAAAUACAUCUUUCCGGAAUGGGGUGUCUCUGACUCAGUCAGAACGCCCCGUUUACCCUUCGACCGGCGGUGCUGGUCAGGGGAAACCCCCGAAUAAUAUUCACUCAAUGCCUCAGACCCUGAAAGGUUGGGCACUAUGGCUGCUGUCGGUUCUAUUCACUGCGGCCCUUAUCUCUCACGACACUAUCUUGCGAUAUGUGUACUCUUUCCGAUCGCCUUCUAUCGAACUUGAACCAGUCGAACGUUCCUACGACGUGCCCCUUCUUCCGAAACGGGACUCCUGCGCUUCCAAUAACGUCAAAGGAAGCGAGUACAACACCCCUCUGCAUGUCGCAGCCCUCUUCAUCAUCUUGUCUGUGUCCACGCUCGCCUGCGUAUUCCCAGUGUUAGCCAGCUGGUCCCCUCGGAUGCGCAUUCCCGCCUCGUUUCUCUUCUUCGUCAGCCACUUCGGUACCGGCGUCCUCAUCGCCACAGCCUUUGUGCAUCUCCUGCCGACAGCAUUCCAGUCUCUCAAUGACCCCUGUCUGUCUAAAUUCUGGACUUCCGAUUACCCCGAAAUGCCGGGUGCCAUUGCCUUGGCCGGGAUCUUUCUUGUGACGGUCAUUGAAAUGGUAUUCAGUCCGGCCCGCCACUGCUGCCGCGGCGGCACCCGCCCCGGCGAACAGCCCGUUUACAUCUCGGGCGGCGAGACCGAGAAGGGCCCAUCCAUGCCCCAGAUCGACGUUACGGAUCACUCGACUGCCCUGGAAGGUGAGGGAGACGUCUCGCAGACGCAAUCGCAAGGCCAAGAUCUCGCGCAUCUUCGCGACAUGGGCCCGCUCAUGGGCCGCUCCUCCAGCAUGAGCCGUGCAAUCAACCGCAUGGGCGAAGACCCGGAACGCAUUUACCGUAUCUCCUCCGUCCCUGAGGAUCCGCAAUGCUGCGAGUCGCAGCAACCGUCGCAACAGCCUAAAACCGAGGCCGUCGCCCAGGACACAGAGCCUAAUGUCCACGACGAUAGCACAGACGAUGCACUCACGCUCAAUCCGCAGCAGAAACACAACAAGGCCGUGAUGCAGGUGUUUCUACUAGAGAUGGGAAUCCUGUUUCAUAGUGUUUUUAUUGGAAUGUCGCUCAGUGUGUCAGUGGGGAAUGAGUUUGUGAUUCUUUUGAUUGCGAUUGUUUUUCACCAAUCCUUCGAAGGUCUCGCUCUCGGCUCGCGCAUCGCCGCCCUCGACUGGCCCGAAAAAGCCCUCCAGCCAUGGCUCAUGUCUUUGGCCUAUGGAUGCACAACCCCAAUCGGCCAAGCCAUCGGCCUCGCCACCCACACACUCUACAGCCCGGACUCCGAAGUCGGCCUCCUGCUUGUCGGCACCAUGAACGCCAUCUCGGCUGGACUGCUCAUCUUCGCUUCGUUGGUGGAACUCAUGUCUGAGGACUUCCUGUCCGAUGAGAGUUGGCGCAUCUUGAGGGGACGGAAGAGGGUUUAUGCUUGUUUGUUGGUCUUUGGGGGCGCGUUCUGUAUGAGUUUGGUGGGGGCUUGGGCUUGA